AUGCCGAUAGAACUGGAAACAGCCUCGCUAGAUUACUCUAGCACGCAAUUCACUGCGGAUAUCAGGUCCAUGUCGCAAGAUUAUUCAAGGCAUGACUACUCCGACUAUCGUUCUAUGGAUACUAGGAGUGUCAGAUCAGACCCGCAAUCAGUGGCCAAGUCUGCAUUUACCAAUUUUACAGAAUCCCUAUCUCAUUCAACAGAAGAAAUACAACACGGCGUCAAAAAGACUUUUUCGUCCAUUGCCAGCAGCUUUUCCAGGUCGUCCACGGCAUCUGAAUCAUCCUCUGAAUCUGGUUCCUUUGACCAAAGCACCGAUUCUUCCUCCUCAGGUUACAGCAGCCACACUGGAGGUGCCAGUGGAGGUCUGCAAAAUAUGAAAUCAUGGACCGAAUUUGCCUUUGGAGAGGCCAUGAAAAGCCGCGUAUCGUCCUUGACAUCAUCCUCAUCCUACAGUGUUUCUUCGUCAACCACGAGGAGCAGCAAUGAUUCUUCCUUGUCGUCCCGAUCCGCAUCUCCUCGAAUGAACAGCGACAAGAUCGCCAUUACGGUAGAUAAGGCGGGAAUCGUUCUCCGUGAAUCCAGUGAUGACCACUCCAGCAGUUCCUCUGGAUCGAGCAGUGUGGCGUCAUGGCAAGAGACUGCCUCGCGAGACGUCUCCUUGCUGGACACCAUUGGAGAAAACGGAGAAGAAGACGAAGAAGAUGAUGAUGACGAAAACGAUGACGGUUCCUCAUCUGGUUCGGAGACGAGAUCCGAAGGGCUGGAUGAUGAUGACAACGGUCUCUUGUACGACUACGAUGACGACAGUACAGAGUUUAACUCGGAUGUGGGCCUCGAAGAUCUGGGCGCUGUCAUGUUGCAAAUAGGAUCGUGCCAAUUUGAGCCAGAGAGUGCCAGUCUUAGCUUUGACGAUGAAGAGUAUUCGUACAAUAGCAGUGGCCUGGUUGACUUUUCAAGAUACGUGGCAGCUAAGAAUGCCAAAGGCAAACCACAGCCGCACCGAGGCAACAACCAUGGUUUCGACGAUGACGAUUCACAAAAAGAAAAUGACGACCGCAACACAAUAUUCAUGAAAAGGCUCCACAACAAAUCGUCAAAACCGACGGAGAAGAAGAAAGGUGGUCUGACAUCAUUCUUAAACAAGGCAUUCAGCUGCGGUGGACCAUUCUAA